AUGAAUUUAAUUCUUUCGGUCCUUUAUUUUUUUUUUUUUUUUUUGUCGGAUACGUGUGUUAUCUAAUUUUAGAUUUUUCAAAUUAAUUCCUUUUAUUAUUGACUUUCUCGUUUGAUACAUCUUGCCAAUUUGAAGAGAUUUCUGGAAAAGAUUAACAUCUUUUUUCGUGUCAAUAUUAAAAAUUUUUUACAAUAAAAAAUUUCGCUAUUUAUUGCCACUUAUUUUAAUUGUAAAAAUAUGGAAGAAUUCGGAAUGACCGAAUGGCGUCUAAAGUUUCGAACAGUGAAUCACAUUUGCAGGCGAGCUUGUGCCUGGUUUAGAAAAAUCAAUAGAGAGAGAAAGAGAGAGAGAGAGAGGGAGCCAGGAUAAAACACGGAAAAUAAAAGAAAAGGAAGAAACCAAAAGACAUACGUUACAUUCAGGCAACAACAAUGCAAUAGAUAGUUAUUGAAAAUUCCUAAAUCUUUUGAGAAUUUCGUUAAAACUUUGUACGAAACUCUGGCCCGAUUUUUCAAAAAUAGGGCGUCAACUUCGAGCCAACGAUUGUUCGUUAAAACGGACGUUAAGGCGAUAUGUCAUAUAUACAUAUAUAUAUAUUUAAUACGUAAUGUACACACGAGCUACUAUUAUAAGUUAAGUAUGUAUAUUGUGGUAAAAAGAACAAUGAAAUAUUCUAAAACAGACCUAUUUCGAAGAAGUAAUAUGCUCAACAAAAAAAAAAAAAAAAAAUAA